AUGUUCACUUCCCUGUCGCUCUUUGCUUUCGCUGUCGCGCUCGUUGCGCCCUCCACUGUGAACGCACAUGGUUAUGUUCACAGCAUUGAAGCAGGUGGCAAGAACUAUUCCGGGUGGCUUCCAUUCACCGACCCUUACGAGUCGCCUGUCCCUAAGCGCAUCGUUAGGAAGGUUCCCGAUGACGGUCCCAUUCUUGACGUGACCUCGUCGGACAUCGCAUGCAACAAGGGCGGCGAGUCUCCCGCGGGUCUCGUCGCCACUGCCGCUGCUGGAAGCAAAAUUGUCUUUGACUGGCUGUCUUGGCCUGCUGAUCACUUGGGCCCGGUCUCCACUUACAUGACUUCCUGCGAUGGCCCUUGCACCAGUUUUGACGCUUCCAACGCCAAAUGGUUCAAGAUCGAUGCUGCCGGUUACUCUAACGGCAAGUGGGCUUCCGCGCAGCUCAUCGACAACGGCUUCCAGUGGACCAGCACUAUUCCCAGCGGCCUCAAGCCCGGUGACUACUUGAUCCGCAACGAAAUUAUCGCCCUUCACGACGCCAACCAGCCUCAGUUCUACCCCAGUUGCGCUCAGCUCUCCGUGACUGGCAGUGGUACCCAGACUCCCUCCGGCUCGGAGUUGGUUUCGAUUCCUGGAGUCUACAACAAUGUGAAGUUCCCCGAUAUUUGGUCCGACAGCUUCAAGAGCUUCACCAUUCCUGGCCCCGCUCCUGCCUUCUCCGGAUCGGGGAGUGGCUCCGGGGCCAGCGGCCCUGCCCCCUCGUCCACGAAGUCCUCCGCGACUGCUUCCUCCACUCACGUUACCUCCGCUGCCGCUUCCUCCGCGGAGGCUUCCACCUCGGCGAGGUCGGCUCACGUUUCGACGUCUGUCCAUACAUCUGCUACAGAUUCUGUGACGUCUUCGAUCGCUACUUCCUCGGCCUCCGCGUCGACUGGCCGGUGCAAGUCGAAGGCUCGCCGUAGCAUGGUCAAGCGCCAUGUCUCUCACCUCGCCAAGAGGCACCAUUGA